UCUUAAAUCUUAGUGGGAAGAGUAAAGACAAUUUGAAAUCACGUCUUGACCUAAAAGAGAUGGGUAUAAGGCAUGAUCUCCAUCCUAAGGUUCUUUCUAAUAACAAAAUUCAUAUUCCCGAAGCCUGCUACACAAUGUCAUCCCAAGAAAAAGUCCUCUUUCUCAUGAUUCUAAAAAAUCUGAAAGUUCCGGAUGGAUAUGCAUCGAACAUCUCCAGAUGCGUGAACCUAAAAGAGCGAACACUUUCGAACCUCAAAAGCCAUGAUUGCCAUAUCCUAAUGCAAGAUAUUCUUCCGCUAGCUUUGAGAGCAUUUAUGCCUAAAGAAGUUCUGGCAGUUGUUUUCGAAUUAUCUUGUUUCUUCAAAGGAUUAUGUUCUAAAGCCUUGAAUCCUAAAGAUCUUGAUGAUUUGGAGUAUCGUGCUCCAUUAACACUUUGCCACAUGGAGAAAAUCUUUCCUCCUAGUUUCUUCACUAUAAUGGUUCACUUAGUUAUUCACUUAGCCGCUGAAGCAAAAUUAGGUGGGCCGGUGCAUUAUCGGUGGAUGUACCCUAUCGAGAGCUCUAUGAUGCGCUUAAAAUCUUACGUACGUAAUAAAGCUCAACCCGAAGGCUCAAUUGCAGAAGGAUAUAUUGCAGAAGAAUGUUUAACUUUUUGUUCAAGAUAUUUUGAAGGCGUUGAAACUAUAUUUAAUCGAUCUCGAAGAAAUUGUGACAAUGUCAAUAGUGGAGAAGAUUUCAUGUUUUUAUCCGGUGGACGAGCUAUAGGGAAGGUGGAAAGUGUUAUUUUAGGUGAAAUUUUUUUAGCACAAGCACACCGUUAUGUAUUACUUCAUUAUGAGAAAAUUUCUGACUAUCGAAGUAAUUUUUUAGCUACCCAACGAAGAGCCAACCGGAGUAUUCGGACUAACCAAAGUGUUGAGCAUAAAUGGCUGGUUGAAAAGUUUCCUGGAUGGCUCUUUGGGCAGGUACCAAAAAUGGCAGAGAGUAAGUGCUUAGAUGACAUUAUAGCAAUUGCACGAGGUCCAAACAACGUUGUCAAAAAAUUUAGUGGUUUCAUCAUUAAUGGGUUUAGAUUCCACACAAAGGAUCGUGAAAAGUUAAGAAAAACUCAAAAUUCUGGAGUUAUGGUUGAAGUAGAGGGACAGGCUUAUUAUGGUGUACUUACAGAUAUUAUUGAACUUGAUUAUUAUGGGAGUUUUAAGGUUGUCUUAUUUCGUUGUGAUUGGGCGGAUAUCACGUCGCAAAAAGGAUUAAAGAAAGACACAAAUGGAUGCACUCUAGUGAACUUUUCCAAGUUGAUACACACGGGACGAUUAUUGAAAGAUGAUCCGUUUGUAUUUUCAUCUCAAGCAAAACAAGUAUUCUAUAUACAAGAUCCCAGAUAUGAGGAAUGGUCUCAAGUUGUCAUGACGAAACCAAGAGACUUAUACGAUAUGGGAGCACAUUUGCAGGAUGAUACUGAAACUUACACUCAAUGCAUGUCAUGUGAUGUUAUUGUUACUGAUGAAUUAAAUGACUGUAUAAGUUGGGCUAGAAAAGAUACUAAUGAAAAUAAUGUACUUUGAUGUAUUAUAGUCUCUAUAUAGUAUUUAGAGUGUCUAGUCUAGUUUUUAUAUACUCAAACUUUAGUGGCUUGCAGUUCUAAUCCACUUUCCUCUUAUUAAAUAUCUUUUUGUGAAUUAGUAAUAUUUUAAACUUUUUUUGGGUGGUUAGUGUCAUGCACAAAACUUCUCUAUUUUAAUUUUUCUUUAUGAUGGUGCUUUCGACAAGGUGAUUGCGGAAUUAGCAAAAAGUGGUGAGAUUCAAGCUACUGUCCCGUUGCAUCCUUUACUCAAGUUGCUACUCUACUUGGAGCGGAAGAGAGGCUAAUAGAUAUACGAGAUCCUGGAUUCAAAAGGGCAUGAUCAACAUGUGUUGAAGGAGCUAGGUGGUUUUGUUGAAAGAACUAGGAUAAACUUUCUCAUGGUCAAAAUCCUUAAAUUAUGGCUAAGCUGAAAAGAUUGAGAAAGAUAGUUGAAGACAAUAAUUCCCAAACUAGUGAAGAUGAUGCUACACAUUUCUCAAGAUUUAAUUCUGCGCAAGCUGCCUCAAAGCCUACUUCAUCACACAUGGAAUCCUCACAAUCUGAAUUUUCACAAACUCAACCUCAAGUUCAAGAAUCAGCUGAAACAGAGUAUAUAGAUGCAGUGGAGAUAAUUGAUAGCCAAGGAAAGAAAAGAAAGAAAUCAACAAUGCAUGCAAAGGAUGUGUGGAGUUUACCGGAUGGAGAAAGAGUGGUGAUAGUAUGCAAUUUGUUGGGCCAACCGGUGAAAAAAAGUGGGGGCAUCUUAGGUGGGUGGCUUGGGAUUAUUGCACGAAGGCCAAAUUUAUGUCCGAUUCACUAUCCAAGUUGGAAAGUUAUGCCUCUUAUGUUCAAAACUAAACUGCUCUUGUUGACUCGGAGUAAGUUUUUGCUUCCUUCCAAUGGCAACAUUGAGAAGUGGGUAUUGAAGUCACUAAGUAGAAAAUGGAAGGACUUCAAGUGUGAACUUAAAGGAAAAUAUAUGAUAGAUAAUUAUACGGAGCAAGAAGUUGCAAGUAAUGUGCCAAGUGGAUUUACAUCCCAACAAUGGAUAGACCUUGUACGUUAUUGGUUCUCGGAGAAAAGCAAGUCAUACUCUCAAAUUGGAAAGGUAGCGCGUGCCAAGCAUAUUACUCCUCAUACAACUGGUUCUAUGAGUUUUGCUCGGAAAAGAGAUCAAUUUGAAAAGGAAAAUGGAAGAGAGCCGGGACGUGUCGAGUUUUUUGCAUUAACCCACAAACGUAAGGAUGGGACAUAUGAUAAGAGUUCUCAAGAGGUUUUGGAUAAUAUUACGAAGUUAAUAGAAAAGGAAGCAAAAACUGAAAAUGAAGCAUUUACCGAAGUCAUUGGAAAAGAUCGGUAUGGCCGAGUAAAGGGAUAUGGAAUUGGUGUCACCCCAACUCAACUAUUCGGAGUACAAGCUCAAAUUAAGAAUAUGGAGAAUGGAGGAGUAGAUCCUUCGGAAGAUAUGCGAAAGUUACAAGCACAAAUACAAGACAUGCGAAGUAACUAUGACUCUAAGUUGCUAGAGAUGCAGCAAAAUUAUGAGUAGAAAUUACAAGGGAUGCAAAAGAAUUAUGAAUCACAGUUGGAAGAUAUGAAGCAGCUAUUAGUUCAAAUUGCCUCAAAACUGCAAUG